AUGGAUGAGUCCAUUGGCAGAUCCAAUGAAUCCAAUGGUGAGUGUGUUGUGAAGGAAGGGAAAGCAGAUAUUCUUCGGCUGCCAUUUGUCUUCUACAACAGAGUCCAAGAAUUCAACCGAGACUUUAGUGUUCUCGCGAUUAACACUUUCCUGAAGAAUGAGUUGUGGAAGAAUGGCGUCAAACCAAACAAAUGGAUCAAAGACGAGAUGACAAUAUUGGACGCGUUGUCGGCCACUGGUUUGCGAUCCAUAAGAUAUGCGUUGGAAUGCAAUGAAUCUGUUCUUCCGCUUAAGAUAUUCGCAAACGACGUCUCGAAGAAAGCCAUUGAAACUAUCGAUAAGAAUAUCGAGAGGAAUGGUGUCAGCGAUAGGGUUGUGUCCAAUCAAGAGGACGCCGCACUCUUUAUGGUUAAGAACCGGAAUGUGAAGCAAAGAUUUUCAAUCAUUGAUUUGGAUCCGUAUGGAAGCGCCUCUCCAUUCCUGGACUCGGCUGUGCAGGCAUUGGCAGAGGGAGGCCUUCUCAUGAUUACGUGCACUGAUAUGGCCGUCCUCUGUGGUAAUCACAGUGAAGUCUGUCACGCCAAGUACGGAUCAAUUGCACUCAGAUCUAAAUCGUGUCAUGAAAUGGCUUUGCGAAUAAUUCUUCGAAGUGUGGAAUCGCAUGCUAACAGAUAUGGCAGAUAUAUUGUGCCAUUACUUUCCCUAAGCAUUGACUUUUACGUGAGAAUAUUCUUACAAAUCUAUACCUCUCCUCAUGAGGUGAAGAGGAGCGCCAGACAUUCGGAAAGUGAAUAUAACUUCAAUCCGACGGCACCUAAAGUCGACCGUAAAUGCGAGCACUGCGGCUCCACAUACCACAUGGGAGGUCCCAUUUGGUCGGAUCCCAUACAUUCAUCUCAAUUCAUUAAUCAAUUGCAGAAACAAUUAUCCGAUUUUAAUGAACAGGACUUUAAAACUCAUAAACGAAUGCAUGGAAUGCUUCAGGUUUUAAGCGAAGAACUGGUCGAUUGUCCGCUUUAUUACAGUCUCGACCGACUCUGUCGUGUAGUCCAGUGUUCGAUGCCUUCUAUGAAAACAUUUCGUUCGGCGCUAUUGAACGGAGGCUUUCAGGUGUCGUACUCUCACGCCAGCAAGACUUCCGUUAAGACAAACGCACCCAACGCUUACAUUUGGGAUGUUAUGCGAGAGAUUGAAAAACUUAAGGAUAAACACAGUUUGGCUGAAGAGUGUCCAGGAUAUCAGAUAAUUAGCAAAGAGUCAACACAUGUGGUGUCUUUGGAAACGCACGAAAACGCCGAACCCAUGUCUAAGGAAAUGCAAUUAUUGCGAUAUCAGGUGAACCCCGAACCCAAUUGGGGGCCUCAGAGCCUGCCAUCAAAAGCAGGAGACAAACGACUCUUAAAUCAGGGUAAGAGAGGCCGACCUAAAGAUGGCGAUGAACCACAUAAUGAUAGUAAAAAAAUGCAUAAUUCAUAAUAAGUAACUUUUAUUCAUAUUAAAGACUAUUUUAUUUAAUAACAUAUCAUAUGAUAUUCUAACGAAAUAAC